UCUGCAGUACCGGCACUGAGCAGUUCACACUCCUACCAGCAGGGGCGCUGUAACCGCAGCAGCUCAGAGCCCAAGUGACGCUUAAACCGUUUGCGUCAAAUCGUCCAAUCAGAGGCAGAGUUUAAAAGCGGCUCCAACAGCGGCUCGGUUUGAAUGUUUAUUUGACCGGUCAUUAUUUGUGAAUUUUCAGGUGCAGUAAUGGCGGAGGGGCUGAUGCUGCAGGCUGCCUACAGACUGUCCGCCUGUCAGAGUGAGGCACACCUGAGUGAAGGGGCGGGGCCUCAGGAGGAGGACAGGGCUAAUCAGUGGAAUGCAUACUGUACAGCAGAUCUGCUGAUGAGAGAAGGAGAGGAGCUGAGCUUUGAGGAGCUGCGAGCUGAAAGAUACAACCAGCAAAAACAGCGGGAGAUGGAGGAGAAGCUGAGACGUCUGACAGAGGAGGAGGAGCAGUUGAGUCGAGAGCUGGAGGAGAAGAAGAGACUGUUGGAGCUCAGGAGGAGUCAACCAGAGCUGCCUCGUAGAGCCUCUUCUCAGAGCAGUGACUCCGUCGAACCUCCGGCUGCUGCUUCCUUCCACAUAUACGACGAGUCCCAGCCUGAUGCUGCUGGUGCACGGCCUGCUGGCAGAAACUCUGAACCGUCUUCAGACGAGCUGCCAGAUGAUGUUUUCCUGCAUCCUGAUGAGAGAGGACUCUGUCUGAAGAUUCAGCAUCCUCAACGGCCUGGUCACCAGGGAGGAACCAGCGAAGACCUCCAGACUUCUUUGGACACAAGUCCCCCGACAUUCUCCCAGAUACCAAUCUCUAAAACCAGAAAGAAGCUGAGUACCAUACAGGAGACCAGUAUAAUUGCCUCACAAGGAGGACUCGCAGCUGGAACUUGUAGUCCACUGAAGGAGGAUCCAGAGGAGCAGAAACAGGACCAGGAGGAGAUGGCUCACACUGCAUCACCAGCUGGAGCCGCUGUCAAUCCCUGCGACCCGGACAUUCGACGGCGGCUGUUGGACCUGAGUGAUGUCACUUCCUCUCCAAACCUGCACUCAGAGUCCCGCCCCCUCCCUGCUGUCGAGGAGAGCAACUUUGUGCAACUGGGGGGCGAGGUGUAUCACAUCCACUCCAGAGUUGUAGACGGAGGCAGUUUCUCUGUCUUUAAAACAGUCACAGAGGACAACUGUGUCCUCCUCAAGGUGGACAGCUGCACUGCUCCCUGGGAUUUUCAUCAGUUUACUCGCUUGAAGAAGAGCUCACCAGCUGCUGACACUCUUCCUCUCAUCAGCUGUUUCCUGUUUCCAGACGGCUGCAUCACCGUCUACACGACCCCACCAGAUCACAUGUUCACUGAGCUGGCAGAGUGUGACCCCAGUGAGCAGUCAAUCGGUUACACAGCAAUCAGCCUGCUGCAGCUGGUGUUGCAGCUGCACUCCUGCGGGCUGCUGCAUGCGGCGCUGCAGCCGAACAUCCUCGCGUCCUGUCACAAAGGCAUCCUGAUGUCUAGCAGUGUUCUUCCAGUGGACUGGUCAUCCUCUGUGGACCUGGACCUCCAGCAGGAUGUUACAUCAGUCCAGCAGCUCUCCUCAGCUCAGACCUACAUCGAUCUGGGUCUCCUGGAACCGACCUCCUCCCCACAGCUGGUGGACCUGGUGGGCGUGGCCGAAACUGUCCACCUCCUGCUGACCAACAGGAAGAUGGUCCCUGUGAAAGACCCAAGUGGCUGGACGACUGAGCAGUUCAGUGGAGAUGAACCCUGCGACAUCUACACCAUGAUGUGGAGGAGGUUUUUCCGGUCGUUGCUGAACGCCGGCGGUCACUCAUCGCUGUCCGUCCUGUCAGAGCUGAAGGAGCAGCUGUCCUCACUUUACCGCUGACACGUCGGGUGCUCACUCUGUCCUCUUGUCUGUUUUUAUAUCUGUGUUCUCGAAUCUAACGACAAUAAAUAAAGUUUAAAAACUGUUUAAUAUGA